AUAAAGAAUCGGCAAAUAUAUAAAAACAUAUUGAUUUUUCGAAAUUGUCCGUCAUAUUAGAUCCGCCAUUUUGAAUACUGAUAUCACAUUUGGAUUCAGCGACCCAAAAAUAAGAUAUUCAGUAUUAUGGCCAUCAGAUGCGUUACUUUGCGUCAAUGCGCACUUGGCCUACAAGAUAAAAUUUGUUUCCGACAGCCAAGAGGGUUAAGGAAUCACCGAGCGCUCCCCGAGUCCUUAAUACGAUUGGUUCUUCCCUUUUUUCUUUCCCUCCACAACCGUAGUUACCGUGGCAGAUUCACGAAAAUGGCAUCGCCGUUUACGAAAGUAAUUCCUCCCCCCCCCCCUUCCCGUGCAUGAGCCGUGAAACAGAGAUACACACGUUUUUCGCGUUGCGGCGAGAAUUUUUAUAAGAAGGUUUACGCGUGGCUCACCACGGACGGCCGAUGUCCGCCGACGGCGCCGCUUAUCGUUUUGUAUUACCUGGCCCCGCUGUAAUCGGUCGACAAAGUUGCAGAGCGAGAGAUAAUGGGCAAUUACCAGUCCAAGAGGGGAACUCGGCGUGCGUACCUUCCUUUGCGUUCGGAAGAAACCGGUCACGAUGAUCUCUCGCUCGGCCCGGCGCAAUCACGGAAAUUGAACUUUGCGUGUCUUUUUUUCCCCCCCCCCCUCUUUCCCCGAUAAAACGUAUCACUCGACCCAGUUGUCCCGGGCGCGGCAAUAUAUACACUGCAAUUCCCUCUUCCACUUUCACGCUUUGAAAACGUCGAAAUUAAUUUACCUUUUUUCUAAUUACACUUGGUUAUUAGAUCCAAUAUCAAUAUUCCUCCUUAUAAAUCGCGCUCGCGCGUCACACUUGAAUUAUUAAUGAAACUAGUUUACCCUUAUCUAUCUUCUUCAGCCAUCAAGAAAACGUUGCUACGGCAAACUGGAGCAAGCGAUUAUCCGUAAUAAUAAAGAAAAAGGAACUCUCGCACUGCAACUCUUUGCGAUCUACACGCGGAAAACCGACAAGGAACGUUGACUGCGAUAUCGAUCGAAGCGUUUGCGAGAUCGUUAGUAGCGCGGAUUAUUGCGCGGACUAACCGCAUCGGGUCGGUCGCUAUGCAAAAAACACCUCGAUCACGAUUGUUACGUAAAUCUAGCUCGCAGUUCAAGUUAAUCGUAAUUGCCGAUGCGUCGCGCAUACGACUGCAAAAACAGAUUGAAAUCUUUCUCUCUCUAUCUGAACCUGUAUCUCUGCGUUCGUUCAAAUUAAAUAAGCAUAAUUUUUCUAAUUACAGCAAUUAGUGCACGGGAUUUAUUGAUUAUCCACGUUUGAUAAUAUUAGUAAUUUUAUUAGAGACAUAUGUAUUAUGUUUCGAAAGAGUAGACAUCUGCUUCUAAAUUCAAUGAUUACUUUUUUAUUUUUACUGAGAAAAAAAUAUUAAUUUAACAAAAUUUUUUAACUCGAUUAAAUUUCUUCAGUUCAAGUAUUUCAUGCAUUUCAACUAAGUAUCUAAACAAUUAAGGCUCGAGUGUUUUAUGUAUUUAACUUAGAAUGCAUAAACAAACUAAAGAAAUGUCAUCAAGUUAAAAAAUUUAGUGAAAUUAGUCCUUUUUUCUCUGCAUUUCUCAUCCAACUCUCGUUCGCUCGUCUCGAUGUUCGUCAGCACGAGAGUCGUCUUGGCUCUACCUGAAAACUUUGCCGUCCGAUCGCGUGUCCAUCCGUGCGCGACCUUGGAGCGAUUAAGUUUCAACGGAAAGGUCUAAAUUCGCUCCUGCGACCGCUUCAACCGCCCUCGUUCGACCGUCUAACCUCGCGCGAUCAGCCCGAUCAGCGUUCGUUCGUUUGAAAAAAAAUUCCGCGAACCUUCCGCUGCCGCCGUCGGUAACUCCCAUACGCGGAUCGCGCGCGGCGAAUCCACCACCGGUGUGGUAUUCGCCGGGUACGGCACGAUAAUUGCGCACUUCGCGGCACCGAUAACGGCAACCGGAGGUGGCAAUGACGGAAAACGCGAGCGAGCGAGCGAGCGAGCGAGCAAGCGCACGUCGUCGCCACGAAGCCUCCCGCGGCCGCCUCGAGAGACGAGUUCCCACGUAGUCAAAGUCUAAACCCGCGCUCGAGCCGAGGGAUCAUCGGCAUGAAAACGGGGAUAAUUGUGGCCCCGUAAAUACCGCUACUUAAUACGCCGGCCGCGGCUCUCCCCGUAUAUACUCUCGUAUAUAGCGUUAUAUGCACCUUGUUGCGCCGCGCGUAUUAGCCUCCCUUCUCGCAUUCGUGCUACCGUCAAUCUCCUUUAGAAAACGCUUUUCUACUCGCGCGCGGCACAGCGGCGUGUAGAAAACGAGGUAAUUGUACGCGGCGGUUGCAUACCCCGCCGAUAUGCACUUCCGCCGCGGAUCUAGCCCCGUGUAAUUUCACGCGAUCUCGGCCGCCGAUUUCGUUCUCGAGCCCGCUCGCGAUGCGCUCCCGUACGGGGGGCGGCAAGUUACCAACCUACCGAUUAUCGUUUACGGACAUUCGCGAUAUUGAAUAAAACGGCUCUGCGAUACCAGGAACAAUACUUAUGUCUGAUGCUGCAAGUAAAUAUCAGUACACGGAAAAAACAAGCACAGUUAUAUUAACAUGACAUGCUUGGUUCAACAAGAUUUAGUUGGACUAAAUAGAAUUUCUGGUUAUCAUAAUAAAAUAUUCUGGUAACCAACCAGAAUAUUUAGGUGUGACAAUGGUAAAAUUUUGAUUAUUACUAAUCUAGUUAUAAUAUCUAAGUGUCUGGUUAUUAUAACUAUAUAACAUAGAUAGAUAAACAUGAUAUGUAUAGUUAAUACAAUUAAACACAAUUUUUGGUUAUUAUAAUAAAAUAUUCUGGUAACCAACCAGAAUAUUUUGUUACAAUAUCCGUAACAGUUCAUUGGAUACCGUGUGUGGAUGUCGCAUCGGAAUUAUACGCGCAGUUCUUAUUUCAUUUGAUGAUCGUAAGCAGUGCUUCCAGUCUCAAAUUUUUUACAGCAGCAAGCGAUCGACAAUCGACUAUCUGCUGUCUUUUUUCCAUGAAGGAGACAGCUCGAGAGAAAAGGAAACAGCAGAUAGUCGAGUGCCGUCGACCAAGCUGUUCGCUAUCCUCUCCACUUACAGCACGCUGCUGUGAAAAGAGUCGAGACUGGAAACACUGUCGCGAGUUUCCUCACAAAAAUUAUAAAUUUGGACUGUGGACGUGUUGGACGUGUUAAACGUGUUGGACGUGUUGUGGACGUGUUGUGGACGUGUUGUGGACGUGUUGUUGGAUAAAAAUAACCUCAAAAACGAUUAUAUAUUAAAAAUGGAUGAUAAAACAUGCGAUUUACUUCGUGAAUGGGGAUUUGAAGAUUAUAUUGACAUCUUUAAAGCAAAUGAAAUUGAUUAUACAGCUUUGAAAAUUAUGAAGCCUUCCGACUUUCAGACUAUAAUACCAAAGAUAGGACCUAGAAUCAAAUUUUGUGAUAAAUUAGACCAUUAUAAGGCUGAUCUACUUACACAGCAAUUAAUCUCUUCACAAGCAUCAUCCUUAAUAAAUGAUAUAUCAACAGAAAACGAUUCUUUAAAUCCUCCAAUUGUAAUUUCUGAUAACAAUGAUGUUUAUGACACUGAUAACACUGUUAUAAAAGAAACAGUAUUAAACGUAAUCACUUUGAAUGAAGAAGGAGGAGAGCAGACAGAAGAGAUACAUUCUACAACAAAUGUUAUUACACAACUCUGUGAUACUGAUUUAGAUGCAAAAGCUGCCAAAACUGUUUUAAAUAGUACUUGUAGUUAUAAACAAAAGGACGCAGCAAGAAGCAAACUGUGUUUAGCCAUUAUUAAAAAUGAGUUAAAAGAAAACGAGAACAAAAGAGUAAGUCAUAGACGAUGGCAAGAAUUAGCCUUGCAAAUACAGGACGCUAUUCCAGGAGAAAUUCAAGAGACAUAUUAUAUUCCUUAUAAAAAGCAUUCUGACAAGAAAGUAAAUGCCAAAGGCAAAUUGUACGAUAAAUAUACAAAUUAUGUAAAAGAACUACGUAAAAGUGGUUUAAGACAAAAAAUUUCAAAUUCGACAAACAAUGAACCAGUUGUAACUUUAAAUGAUGAUUUGAGUAGAAUGCUUGAGUGAAUAUCAAUUAAUUAAAAGUUCUUUAUCCCCUACUUUCACUGGAAAAUGCAUGGAAACUACUUUCAGCAUAGAGGUAUAAUAUACAAACCUAAUCUCUGUGUAGUUAUUGAUAUUUUAGAUGAUCUUCCCCAAUUUGGCAUUAUACAAAAAAUUUUAUGCAAUGAAAGCGAUGAUUUGUGUUUAGUAUGUCAAAAUAUGUAUACCAUAGGAUUUAAUGAAAACCUACAUGGUUUCGAAGUUCAGGAUGCCGUAGGCUUAACCGCUGUAAAUAUAUCUCAUUUGUUUAACCCUUUUCCUGCGAUAGUAGCACGUUUGCCAUUGAGCGGCAAUUUGUUAGUAGCAACUAAAUUUGCCUUGUAAACUUAUAAGUUAUAUAUAUGUAUAAUAUAUAAUUAAUGUAAUUAUUAUUUUGUUAUU